UCUGAGCACAUUUGUGGAUCCAGUCCGUGUUUUACCCCUUUCCUUUCGCGCCAGAGAGGUGGAUAACAGCAGUUGGAAAUCUCUCUCAUGCCAUGCUGGGCCAGAGGGGCUCCGUGAGACAUGCAUUCACCCAUAUCCGGGUUAGAGAGGGAAAGGAUGAAAAAAAGUUUCAUUUAAACCUGGACUAAAACUUUCAACAUGAAGCCGCACUGACGCGACUGCCGCUGUUGCUGUCAGUGGAUCUUUUUUGCUUCUGAUAACACAACAUAGACGGCUCUUUCGGCGCUUCGUUUGUUCUGCUGAAGACAUUUUCUUCUCUCUGUUUGCCCUUAUUUCUCUCCUUUAUUGUUUUGCGUGCGCACUUUGGGUUAUUGCCGGGGGAUGUUGAAGUGAUCAUGGCCGCGCAAGUGGCAUCAGCCCCGGCCGCAUCUAACAGUAAAAAUAAAAAUGUAUCCGGAGGUUUGAGUCAAGAUUUAAACUCUGGAAAAUCAGGAGGGACGACACAAGGAUCUGGAGCAAUGCUCGGAGCCGGAGACGGGACUACGACUCUGAAUAAUGUAGAUCAUCGUCUUCCGACUGAGUUGAACAUGACCAACAGAACUUGUACACCAGCCAACAGUAAUUCUGACAAGCCGAAGGAAAGUGGAAAUAUAUCAACUUCUGGUUCUACUUCGUCCAACUCGACGACCUCUCCGAAUAUGGAAACGGGUUUGAUAGCAAAUCAUAAACUGAAAGGCAUUGCAGGAGACCUCCCUCCAUCUCUCAAUCGUGCGCCUCAGCACACACAGUUCAAUCAGUUUCCACAACAUCAUCAGCGUCAGUUACAAAGUAACAACAUCAACAAGAACCAAAUAAUGACACAGGGAGAUAACGACAAUCAGCAGCACGGAGGCAAAGAGAAUGUUAUGGGGAGACAUGUUGAGCAUCAGCAAAUGCUGAAUAAAGGUGGGGAGGAUCAGCCUUGCAAACCAGACCAGAUGGGCAGUAGGUAUGAGCACGCUAACUUUGGACCAACGAAUAGCAACAACCACGCUCAGACCACCAGUGGCAAAAGUGUCGUUUCUGAGUUUAACAAUUAUUAUGGCAAUUCCAGAGCAGGGCCCUGCUUUGAUCAACAUGGCGGUCAACAAAGCCAUGGUAUAGGAAUAAUGCACUCCUCUACAAACAAUAAUGUGGAAAACUCCCAUGAAAGCUAUCAUAACACUCAGUACAACCACUACCCGGGGUAUCGACAGGGCUACGGUAGCGCCGGUUACGGUGUGAUGGGCGGCUCGCGUCAGGGUAGUAACAUGUUGAUGGGCCCAAGCAGCAACUCCUCUGGUCAAAGCAAAGGUUUGGCAUCUGCAAGUUCUUCUGGAGGAAAUAUCGGGAGCUUUCAGAGAUUUCCUGGACAAAGCCAGCAUCCUUCGGGGGCUACGCCGACACUGAACCAGCUUCUCACGUCCCCGAGUCCCAUGAUGCGAGGAUAUGGGGGUGGCUAUCCAGACUACAGUAAUUCUGCUGUACCCCAAGCGGGCAUGGGAAUGAGCAAAGAAAUAACUUCGCAGUAUGGGUCUUCGGCUCAUGCAUGGGGAGGCCAACGAAAUCAUCCAGGAAUGAGCCCUGGAAACGGGCAAAGCCUCAACAGACCUCAGGUGGGCUCCAUGGACUUCAUGGUGAUGAAGCGCUCUCAGCUGUAUGGGAUGGGCGGCAGCAACCCCUACUCCCAGCAGCAGCAGCAGGGCGGGCCGUACCCCAGCCAGCCAUAUGUAUCGCCCGCCUCCCACCGCUACCCAAUGGGAAUGCAAGGGCGUGGUCAGCUCGGCAUGAGUGGGAUGCCAUACCCCCAGCAACAGCAGGUACCUCCCCAGUAUGGCCAGCAGGGAAUGGCUGCAUAUUGCCAGCAGGGCCAGCCACCUUACUUUAACCAAGCCCAGCAGCAGCAGCAGCAGCAGCAGCAGCAGCAGCAGCAGCAACAGCAGCAGCAGCAGCAGCAGCAGCAGCAGCACCAGUCUGGCGCCCCAGCCCAGCCUGUCUACCUGCCGCCUCGUGCUCCACCACAGCAGGAGGUCUCGCAGGAGGCUUAUGGGAACAGCAGAGGAGGAGGCAGCGGUGGCGGCAGCAGCAGCAGCAGCAGCAGUAGUAGCAGCAGCCAGCCUGUUGGGAACUCUGGGAAGUCCAGCCAUGAAGAUCUGGGCCCCUUGCAGCAGGACCGCCCCUCCAGCCUACCGGACCUGUCCGGCUCCAUCGAUGACCUGCCCACAGGGACAGAGGCUGGUCUCAACUCAGUUGUCAGUGCCACCUCAGGUGGCUCAGGCAGUGGCAGUGGCAGCAGCAGCAGCCAGGGGGAGCAAAGCAAUCCAGCCCGGUCCCCCUUCUCCCCCCACGCCUCCCCACGGCUCCCGGGGGUCCGCAGCGGGCCCUCCCCUUCUCCAGUGGGGUCCCCUGCAGGCUCAAGCCAGUCCCGAUCUGGACCCAUCUCCCCGGCCAGCGCUCCAGGGUCCCAGAAUGCCCCACAGACUCCGGGGGGCAUGUCCGACGUGGCCUCCCAUCCCACAGGGAACCAGUCUCAGGAGAGGGGAUUCAUGUCCAACAUGCACCGGAAUCAGUCCGUGGCCCAGUUUGGUCCCCAACAGUCGGGGGCCCCGAUGUCCCCACACCGCUCCCCAGUGGGACACAUGCACCCUGUCGCAGGCUCCUACCAGCAAGGGGGCUCCUCCAACAGUGGCUCUUACGGACACCAGAGCAGUCAAUAUGGACCACCAGGUAACUACUCGAGACCGGCCAAUUACAGCGGAGCGCCCAACGCCAGCUACAGCGGGCCAGGCCCGGGCAUGAACAACAACAGCCUGGGGACGAACGCCAGCAGCCCCAUGCACGGGCAGGGCCCGGGGCAGCCCAUGGCCAUGGGUCGGAGCCGCCCGUACUCGGGCAACGUGACGGGCAUGGCGCCCACCUCGCCGGGCAUGCCACAGCCAGCCGGGCUGGGCAUGGGGCCACCCAUGGGCAACGUGAAUCGUAAAGCCCAGGAGGCGGCGACGGUGGCUGUGAUGCAGGCUGCUGCCAGCAGCGCACAGGGGAGGCAAGGGAACUACUCUGCCAUGAACCAGAUGAGUGGGAUGGGGGCAGGUGCCCCCUAUGGCCAGCCUCAUGCCAACACCUCCGGCAUGAUGACGUCACAAGGCCCCGCCUACACCACUCCAACCUCAGGAGCAGGAGGCAUGGGUGGAGAUGGUGUGAUGGGUGCUGACCCCAAGCAGAAAGGAGGAGAUGGAGUGAUGGGUGCUGACCCCAAGCAGAAAGGAGAAGGCAAAGAGGAGCCUCCUACAGCAGAGCCCCUGAAACCUAAGGAUGGCUUCAACUCCCAGUGUUUGUCCCAGCCCCCGACCCCGUCUCCCUUGGCCCCGAGUCCAGCCAGCCUGUCCUCCUGCCACGGCGACGACAGCGACAGCAUCAGCAGUCCCGUCUGGCCCAAGACUCCAUCCAGUCCAGUACGUGGACCCACACCACUGCCCUCAGAGAAGUCCAGCCCGGCUCUCAUGGCUGGGGAUAAGGUAUCCCGGCUGUACGAGCUGGGCGGGGAGCCAGAGCGGAGGCCUUGGCUGGACCGCUACCUGUCCUUCAUGGAAGAGCGUGGCACACCCGUCCCCAACCUGCCGGCCAUUGGCAAGAAGACUGUGGACCUCUACCGCCUCUACGCGGGUGUCAAGGAGAUCGGGGGCCUCGCCAUGAUGAACAAGAACAAGAAGUGGAAGGAACUGUCAUCCACCCUGACCGUGGGGACCUCCAGCACGUCGGCCAGCACUCUGAAGAAGCACUACAUUCAGUAUCUGUUUGCCUACGAGUGCAAGGCGGAGCGCGGAGAGGACCACCCUUUGGACGCCUGCCCUGCGGGGGACAGGAAGCAGCCCCGGCCUCAGCCUCCAUCACCAGCCAACUCCGGCUCUCUGCAGGGGCCUCACACCCCCCAGUCCACCGGCAGCAGCUCCAUGACCGAGACGCCAGGCGACCUGAAGCGCCCCACCCCAGCAAGCACCCCCCAGGGCCAUGUGCCCGCUGCGCCAGGUGGCAGGAACAAUUCUAUCAGCAUCCAAGACCCCUUCUCAGAGGCCAACGACCCCAGCCUCCCCAAACGCACCUCCAUCCCCCCGAGUGGGCCUUACCAGCCAGACCCCAUGAUGAGGAUGCAGUUUGAGGCCAACAAGGACCCCUUUGCCGGGAUGAGGAAGGUGGCAGGUUGUGGAGAUCCUUACAUGGCAGGGCAGAUGCCCUCCAGUGCCAUGCAGGAGAUGUAUGUCAGGAGUGCGCCCGGCCCAAUGUCCUCUCUGGGCAUGGGGCCACGCUCCCAGUACCCCUAUGGACCAGGCUAUGACAGGAGGUCAGAGCACAUGAUGGGGAUGGAGGGAGGCAUGGGUCCCCCUGGAGGUCAAAGCAGUGUGGGACCACCAAACAAUGAUGGCAGCAUAUACUCACCUAACAGAUAUCCCUCACAAAGGCACGAUGGCUACGGGCAGCAUUACCCUGGCAUGCCGUACGGUGUGCACCCUUCUGGAAUGUUCCCUCAGCAACAGGGCUACAAGCGGACUCUGGAUGGCAUGUACGGACCCCCAGCGAAGAGGCACGAGGGGGAGAUGUAUGGAAUGCCCUACGGUGGCCAGCAGGCAGACAUGUAUGGCCAGUACGGCAGCGGCUACCCUGGUCCCGACCGGAGGUCGAUGCAGGGCCAGUUCCCUUACCCCUAUGGCCGAGACCGCAUGGGUCCAGGACAAGGCCCCCCACAGCAUAGCAUGCCUGCUCAGAUGAUGGCAGCAGGACCCCCGUCUGCCAACAGCGGUGAAGUGCCCAACAUGUGGCCCUCCAGGACAGACAUGCCCUACCCAUAUCCAACCAGGCCAGGCCACUCCUCACAGAUGCCAUCUUACCCAGGCAUGGGCCGCGGGGACGACAUGGACGGCAUGCGGUCAGGUCCGGAUGGUCAGUGGCCCGGGCACCGUGGCCAGUCCCCCUUUAUGUCCUCGUCCUCGGGCUCGAUGGCAUCCAUGAGCUCCAGGCAGCCAACUUCCUCCUACCAGACCAACUCUUCUAUGGUCAACCAUGUGUCGCGGGCCCCCAGCCCAGCCUCUUACCAGCGCUCGUUGGAGUCACACAUGUCCCCCAGCAAAGCCUUCAUGUCACCCAUGAAAAUGCCCAAGCCUGGUAUGCAGAUGCACAGUGGUGGCUCCCAGGGCCAUAUGCCACCCAACCUACGCAAAGACCUCAACUACCCACUGGGGUCCAUAGAAGGCACCCAACCCAUCAUGAAGCCACGCCGCAAGCUUACCUCAAAGGACACUGGAACCCCAGAGGCCUGGCGAGUGAUGAUGUCCCUGAAAUCAGGCUUGCUAGCCGAGAGCACGUGGGCUUUGGACACCAUCAACAUCCUCCUUUAUGAUGACAGCACUGUGUCCUCCUUCAACCUCUCACAGUUGCCUGGCUUCUUGGAGCUCAUUGUGGAAUACUUCAGGAGGUGCCUGAUCGAGAUCUUUGGCAUCCUAGAGGAGUAUGAAGUGGGCACCAUUGGGCAGAAAACUCUGCUUGACCCUGCAGAGGGAGAGACAGAGACAGAGGAGAGUUCUCCUACUGAGGACGAUGCCUGUGAGACAGUGGAAGAGCAGACUGGCCCAGCAGCAACUGACACAGUGGAGGCGCCACCCAGUGCCGCAACAGCAGAGGCUGUCCCAGAGCAGACAAAAGAAGAGACAGAAGCUGAGGACAAGAAAGAGGCCCAGGAGAAGGAGAAGGUAGAGGGAGAAAACAUUGCAGAAGAAGGAACUGAAAAGGAGGGAGAGUCUUCUCCUGAACCCGAGCCUGAGCCUAAACUCCAGCAGGCUAGUAAGUAUGAUAAGCUGCCGGUCAGGAUAGUUCACAAGGAGGAUUUCCUGGAAGACAUAUCAGACCAGCUAGGCCAUGUCCAGGAGUUCUCCAGUGGCCUCCUUCACUGGCAGAUAGGUGGUGGAGACUCGACCGCCCACAUCCAGAUGCACUUCGAGAGACGCGAGGGAGACAUACAGAAGCCUGUACUAGAGAACCAGAGUGGCAGGCCAGGGCAGGAGCGCAAAGAGAAAGACGAAGAGACAAGGAGAAGCAUUGUGGCCACCAUUGAUGACGUGUUGUCCUCCCACACGGGACCCUUAUUAGAAGGAGACGACGACGGCUCCUCCACUGCCUCCUACCCCUUCCGCCUUCAUCAGGUCCAGAGCCAGAAGGGCAUCACUCUGCUGGAGGACGAGCCUCGCUGCCUGGACGAGGCUCCCCUGGCCUCAGCUGCCGCCUGGCAGGACUCCCUGGUCAAGCGUUGCCUCUGCAUCUCCAACAUCGUCCGGAGCCUGUCCUUCCUUCCCGGCAACGACGGCGAGAUGUCACGGCACGCCGGCAUGGUGCUCGUCCUGGGCCGCCUGCUGCUGCUGCACCACCAGCACCCAGAGCGGAAGCGGCAGACGUCGUCGUCCUACGACAAGGAGGAGCCGCAGGAGGAGCGCGGUGUAGCCUGCAGCAAGGACGAGUGGUGGUGGGACUGCCUGUCGGUGCUGCGCGAGAACGCCAUGGUCACGCUCGCCAACAUUUCCGGGCAGCUGGACCUGUCGCUUUACCCGGAGAGUAUCUGUCUGCCCAUCCUGGACGGGCUGCUGCACUGGAUGGUGUGUCCGUCAGCCGAGGCCCACGACCCCUUCCCCUCGCUAGGCCCCCACUCAAUCCUGAGCCCCCAGCGGCUGGUGCUGGAGUGCCUGUGCAAGUUGAGCGUGCAGGACGGCAACGUGGACCUUAUGCUGGCCACACCGCCAAUGGUGCGGCAGGACAAGCUGUUUGCCACGCUGGUGCGGCUGGUGGGUGAGCGCAAGCUGCAGGUGUAUCGUGAGAUGGCCGUGGCGAUGCUGUCCAACCUGGCGAAGGCCGACUCGGCUGCCGCCCGUGCCAUCGCUGUGCAGAAGGGCAGCGUGGGCAACCUCAUGGGCUUCUUGGAGGAUGGUGUGGCCAUGGUGCAGUACCAGCAGAACCCCCACAGCCUGCUGCACAUGGGCCACCCGCCCAUGGACCCGCCCAGCGUCAACAUGAUGUGCUACGCCGCCAAGGCCCUGCUGGCCCUGGCCAAAGUGGAGGAGAACCGGCCGGAGUUUGUGCUGUUUGAGAGCCGGCUGCUGGACGUGGCCAUCUCCUCCAUGCUGCCUUCGUCCGUGGCGACCAUCACGUGUGAAGUACUUUUCCAGAUCGGCCGCUCGUGACGGCAGAGGCCCCAGGCCAAGAGACUAGAGACCAGACUGGGAAAAUCACACGGAAAUCAGUGAUUUAUAUUUUUAUUUAAAUCAAAGAAAAGACAGAACACACAAAACAUGUUUUUAUAUAUGAAA